AGGCACCAUCCGCAAUGACUGACUCUGUGGUCGCAAUCAGGCGCUGCACAGAUAUUUAGUCCGCAUCAUUCACUGACAGCUGCCGGGGAGAGAGGAGAGAGAAAAGCAGGGCUGGAUUCUCAGCUGCAGCCUUUGGUAGUGCAGCAUGACGGACACGGUGGUGAGCAGCAGUUCGGAUCGCUGGCAGUCCAACGACAGGACCAAGCACGCCGGUGACAAAGAGCAGGGGAACUGGACAAUGCAGCCAGGUCCCGGCCCUGCUCCAGACCUAACAGAUGAAGAGAAAGAGAUCAUAAACAAUGUGAUUGCACGUGCCGAGAAAAUGGAGGCCAUGGAGCAAGAACGAAUUGGGCGCUUGAUUAAUCGCCUGGACGACAUGAAGAAGACCGUGUGUGGGGACGGACAGUCCCGCUGCUUGCUGUGUGGGGAGCAGUUUGGGUCACCAGGUGUUAGCUCAGUGGUGUGCGAGGACUGCAAAAAGAACAUGUGUACAAAGUGUGGUACACAGUGUGGCAGUCGGCCACGUGCUGUGUGGCUAUGCAAGAUCUGCAGAGAACAGCGAGAGGUGUGGAAGAGGUCUGGUGCCUGGUUCUUCAAAGGUUUUCCCAAACAGUUCUUGCCGUCGCCGAUGCCAUUAACUAAAACAACGGAGGGAGGAGCCAAGGAGGCGGCAAAGGCAAAAGAGCCCCGAGCCCCUGAGCCCAGGAAGACAGUGAUCCAACCCACAGCACCAGAGCCACAGGGCCGUGGUGGUUACCCACCUGUGGCCCCAAAACCAUCAGUUGCACGCAUGGCCACGGGUGGGGCCGGCCCUGAAGAGGCGGGGCAGGGCAGCCCAGUGGCGAUUAAGAAGAUGAUUCCAACCCAGAGCUCCAGACCCCCGUCUGCCGCAUCAGCCACCGUGGCCCAGCAGGGUCCGGCGGCAGGAGAUGGAGGUGCAUACUCCUCUGCUGCUGGUGCUCCGGAGCAGAGAAUGCCUCCUCCAGCGAGAGAGGACAGGAGGCAGCCCGCUGCCCACGGCGCUCCUCCCGCCCGACAGCAACCUCCCCCAGCUGAGGAGGAGGAGGAGGCCAACGACUACGACUCGGAUGAAGCCACAACUCUGGGCUCUUUAGAAUUCAGUCUGCUCUAUGAACAGGAAAACAACAGCCUCCAUUGUAGUAUUCUCAAGGCAAAGGGACUGAAGCCCAUGGACUCAAAUGGACUUGCAGAUCCUUAUGUCAAACUUCAUCUGUUGCCCGGGGCCAGUAAGUCCAACAAGCUGCGCACAAAGACCUUGAGAAACACUCGCAACCCUGCGUGGAAUGAGACGCUCACCUACCACGGUCUGACAGAUGACGACAUGCAGCGUAAGACCCUCAGGCUGUCCGUCUGUGACGAAGACAAAUUCGGGCAUAAUGAGUUUAUUGGGGAGACGCGAGUGGCGCUGAAGAAGCUGAAGUUGAACCAGAAGAAGAACUUCAACGUGUGUCUGGAGAGAGUUAUCCCUACAAAGAGAACUGCAACAGCCGGGGGAGCCCGAGGGAUCGCUCUCUACGAAGACGAGCCGGGGAAAGAAGGCGGAGAGGUUGAGGAGCGCGGCCGGAUCCUGAUCUCCCUCAUGUACAGCACCCAGCAGAAUCGCCUCCUCGUGGGUGUUGUACGCUGUGUCCACCUGGCUGCCAUGGACGCUAAUGGCUACUCUGACCCAUAUGUCAAAAUAUGUCUGAAACCUGACAUGGGGAAGAAGGCCAAGUGCAAAACACAGAUCAAGAAGAGGACUUUAAACCCAGAGUUUAACGAGGAAUUCGGCUAUGAGAUUAAACACAGUGAACUGGCCAAGAAGAGUUUAGCUAUCUCUGUGUGGGACUACGAUAUUGGGAAAUCCAACGACUACAUUGGUGGCUGUCAGCUGGGUAUCACUGCCAAAGGAGAGAGGCUGAAGCACUGGUAUGAGUGUCUGAAGAACAAGGACAAGAGGAUUGAGCGCUGGCACACUUUGUAUAAUGAGAAUCCCGUUACCAGUGAUUAACCAUUUGCCCCCACACAAAUGCAGCAUGAGUUAAAAACCUCCCUACUUGGUUUGCAAUCUCUUCGUGCACCUUUUAUUGUGUUAUCUAGUCUCUCACUACCUGGCCAUCACUAAGGCUUACUCAACUCCCUUCCCCGCGACGUAGAACACUCUUCUUUCAACAAUUUCUCUGCCUGCGCUGUGACUUAUUCUGCCUCUGGGACAAAUCAAGGCGUACAUGAAUUAUAGAUUUCACUAAUAUAAUUAAGACAUAUGUGAACAAACAGCUGCACAAGGACCAUCAUGCCUGUGAGUGAUGUCAUAUGCUGAACUUGACAGAUUGCUAAAGAAAAUGAAUUUCACUGGCACGGAACUAGAAAAGCAAUAUGUUAUGGCAUCCGAGGUUUGAAAUCAUUAAUGAAGUUGAUUGGCCACAAAAGUGAAUCAGCCUGUGAAGGAAUUCAUUUUUGCGAUGUUUGAACUGUAUGCAUGCCAAGCCACAGACAUGAGAAAACACGGAGCUGCGCCAUCCGAUAUUCAACUGUGCCCACUGUCCUGGACAUAUUGUAUAUUUCCACAAAGAAACGUUUACAUACAGAUACAUUGCUCAGGUUAGGCUAGACAUCUAAUGUAGACAGAUGCUUCAUAAGUCAGAGACCAUGAGCUAGACAAAUCUUACAGCUACUGUUUAUUUGUGAUUUCAAAUUAUAGCACACCUAGAUUAAUAUUAAGAUUUUUCAUGUAUAGUUAAUCAAGUUGUGAAUACUGAUUUGUGAGUUUAACUGUGUUAUUAGAGAAAAAAUUAACAAAAAUAUUUGUUUUUUUCAGUUCUUAGUUAUAAUGAGAAUUGGCAGGAACAAGGAUUUUCCUCUUGCUCCCUUAACUUUUGUGAAGCUCGUGGUUCACUCAGAGGUUCACCUCAGAGGUUUUGUACUGUAGUGUUUACACUGAAUGCACACGGUUCAAUUUGGCUGCUCCACUUAACAAGGACAGAAGGGGGAACAGGUUAUGUCAUAUGUGCAGCUCUACUUGCAUGCACCUGACUUUGGCGUGUCCGGGCAGUCCAAUUUUACCGCAACGCGCACAGCGGGGCCCUUUCCCCCUCUGGCACACCCAAUCAUUAAAGGCUUUAGUAUGUGUUUGUUCACUAAUCACAGCAAACCAAGGAAAGCACAUCUUACAAGGUGGAAUGACCUCAAUUUAUACAGCUGUUUGCAAGUUAUUCCAAAUAUGUCAAAAUAAAGAUUAUAAAGAGGAAAUCUAAAAAAAACUAUGCAUGAAAGGUCUUGUGGUUCGAGAUAUAUAUACUUUGUGAGAAAUGAAUGCUAUUGUAUUUCCAUCAAUGUUUACACUUCUUUCCCAUAACAUUCUUGUUGAUACUCUAUGUACAAGAGGCCAUAUUCUGCAUGGUAACUAUGGUGUAAUCUGAAUAAACUGGUCUGAUAGCAUCCCCAGCAAAGACUGAUAAUCAACUGAGCAAAUCACAAGACUUUAUCCAACUGUAUCAGUAGCAGAUAUUGAAAAAGGUGUUGUCAAUUGAAUUACUGUACAGAAGCAUUCUAGCCUUAACAGUGUCUUGUUUUCUUUGCAAAGCCCUUCAUGUAGCCGUGAUUCAAACACCCACCCGUAGCAUCACACACUAUCCAAGGUUAUAUACUAAGCGCCAGGCUUAACCCGUUGGUGUCUUCUACUUGAUUCUGCUAGUUCAGUGGAAUUUCUUGGUUUAUCACUGUAUUUCUACAUAGAUAGUGCAUGCACUGGAAAAUAUGUAUGUUUGCAAAAAACUUUGCAUGUAAAGAUUUUGCAAAACAUUUACACAGAUCAAUAAAAUAUAAUGAAAAGUGA